UGUCAUAGAAUAGCAACGGCAAUGGGAGUUGAUAAAUCUGGGAAUUUACCAUGGGUUGAAAAGUACCGGCCAUCAACAUUAGAUGACCUCAUUUCACAUGAGGAUAUUAUUAAAACCAUUAACAAAUUUAUAAAUGAAAAUCAACUACCGCAUUUAUUAUUUUAUGGCCCUCCUGGUACUGGAAAAACUAGUACAAUCCUGGCUUGUGCCAAAAAAUUGUAUAAGCCGGCACAAUUCAACUCGAUGGUGUUGGAGUUAAACGCGUCGGACGAUCGAGGUAUUGGUAUUGUUAGAGGACAAAUCCUUAGUUUUGCAAGCACAGGAACAAUGUAUAGAUCUGGAUUUAAAUUAAUUAUACUGGAUGAAGCUGAUGCUAUGACAAAUGAUGCUCAAAAUGCUCUGAGAAGAAUUAUGGAAAAGUAUACCGAGAAUGUAAGAUUUUGCAUUAUUUGUAAUUAUCUGAGUAAAAUCAUACCUGCACUGCAAUCCAGGUGCACUAAAUUCCGGUUUGGUUCACUUAACUCUGAGCAGAUUCUUCCGAGACUUGAGCACGUCGUUAAAGAAGAAAAUAUCAAAAUAACUGAAGAUGGUAAACGUGCUCUGAUGGAACUAAGUGGCGGGGAUAUGAGAAAAGUCCUUAAUGUUCUUCAAAGUACGUGGCUAGCAUUCGGAGAUGUUACUGAAACAAAUGUUUAUUCCUGUGUUGGUCAUCCUCUGCCAAUUGAUAUAAAAAAUAUCGUAAAUUGGUUGCUAAACGAGCAAUACUUUUCAGCUUACUCGAAGAUCAAUGAUUUAAAGAUAAAAAAAGGUCUCGCGCUACAAGAUAUACUGACUCAAUUACAUCUAUUGGUUAACAAAAUUGAAUUUCCAGAUAAUAUAAUUAUGGAACUAAUUAUUAAACUAGCACAAAUUGAAAAGCAAACUGCAGCUGGAUGCAACGAAGCAGUCCAACUAAAUGCUCUAGUUUCAGCUUUUCAAAAUGCUCGGGAUAUUGAAAAGGUGUGA